AUGUAUUCCUAUGGCAGCAAAUUCCAAAGUGAGGCGAAAAAAUUUAAUAGCACCCUCGCCGAUUAUGAGAAUGAUGAUUUGAAACGUCAAUAUUUGGAGAAACAACUCUAUCGCACAAUGGAAUACCUCAUGGUGAUAUCACAAUUUUUUAUCUGCGCCCCCGUCGGGGUGGAGAAACCCCGAAAAUUAAUUGAAACCAACAAAGAUCGCUUCCUCUACUAUUUGCAUUUCCUGUGGUGUGCUGGGAUGUAUUGCGGUUUGGUUGUGUGUGUCUACGAUGAAUAUACCUCGUCGAACAUAGAAUUGCCGACAAUACAGAAACCUCUGUAUUUCAGUGAAUAUCUAGUCUAUUUAAUACACUUGAUGGAAAUACUUUUGCGCAUAUUUAGAAGACGUGAUGUCUAUUGGAAAUUUAAUAAUUUCAUGCUCGAUUUUGAUCGUAUUUUGUGGAGGCAUAAAAUUCAUGUGUCAUACGUGAAAGGAUUACAGGGGUUCAUACGUAUGCAUUUGCUACUGAUUGCCACCCACUUGAUGACCACCCUGAUUGUGGGCUACUUCUAUAGCUUUGGCAUCUGGUUAAAUUUCUUAAGGACCAGUACCGUGUAUCUGAUACCAAAUAUUAUUAUACACAUCUCAUUGGUGCAGUAUUAUGCCUUGCUAUACCUCACAGCAGAACGUUCCGAUUGGUUAUACUAUUUACUAAAUCAGUUGCUACAGAAGUCUCACAACUCUAAAAAUCAUUUGGAUUUUCGUCGGGAUUUACAUUUCAUACGCUCCCUCUAUGCGAAAUUGGAAGAAUUUACCCGAGAUGUGAAUGAUUAUUUUUGCUAUUCCAUUAUCCUGGUCUAUGUGGGCUCAUUUAUCAAUAUUAGCAUCAACAUUUUUCUUCUUUACAAAUAUUUAAGUAAUUGGGAAAAUUCGAAUUUGGCAUGGACCCUAUAUUCGGUGGUAUGGACUUGUAUGCAUAUCGGAAAAAUGUCAUUGAUUUUGUACUACAAUGAAGAGAUACAAAGUAGGAAAACUAAGGCCUCAUAUUUGCUGAGUACCUAUCAAUAUGGUAAUGCAGCUUUGGAACCAACGUUUCGUCAUUUCAUACUUCAAUUAAUGUCCGAUACUCGCAGCAAUGUUAUUUGUGGAAUGUUGGCGUUAAAUUUAAAUUUCGUUACUUCGCUAUUGAUUUCAAUCUCAACACUAUUCAUAUUCUUGGUACAAUACGAUAUAACAUAUGAAGCAUUAACAAAAACGUUUAAUUCGGCAAAGCCAAGCAUUGCUUAA